GUGAGGAAAACUCCGCGGGUUUCCCCUCGAGCGUGUUCGCUGGGGGCGUUAACGGGCGAGCGAGGGGGAAAGGUCCGACCAAGCCAUCAUUUCUGAAGAAAGCCCUUGGAGAGCACGGCUGGGUCUGCGUUCGGUUGGAGUCGCUGGUUCCGGAGGAGGGCUUGUUGGGCAUUUUAUGUGGCCGGGCCUACGCCUGGCGCGGCGCGAGAAGCGCAGAGACGCCCCCGGGAGUUGGCCAUUCCUGACGGGCGCCAGACCGCGGGGCUCCGACCCGGGAGCGCUUUUCAGAAAAUAUCGUCGGACAGGGGGGUCAUCAGAUAGUGUUUCAUUAGGAGGUGCCUAGAAAGGCACACUCCUUAUUCAGGCCUCAAAGUUCGCUAAGGAGGAAAAAAGCAGAAACUGACAGAGACACUGACAUGGAUUAGUGGGAAGCCGGGAGAAGCAGUGGGGUCCAGCCUAUGAGUGGGGUAGUUCGGUGAGGAUUAUGUAAAAAAGUAGGAGGGUUGGGGAUUCAGUUGAAAAUUCAGACCUAACGCAGGUGAGGCGUUAGUCUCUGGAUUAGCUGGUCUGAAGUUAACUCUCUUUGUGUCAAAAUUCAAGUUCCGGUUAUUAGAUGGGGUUAGUUCUGCCUGCUCUUUCGGUGGCUUACAGGUUUUCGGAAAAGUGUUUGAAAAUACGUGACAGGCGGAUACAGAGGUGGAACUAUUCCAAGGAAGAUGAUAUCAUCAAAUUGAAUCGAAAAGAAGGAAAAAAGCAGAAUUUUCCAAGACUAAAUAGAAGACUCCAGCAAAGUAGUGCCCGACAAUUCAGGAUGAGAGUACGCUGGGGAAUCCAACAGAAUUCUGGUUUUGGCAAGAAUAGUGUGAGCCGGAGAGGAAGAGUAAUGCCUGGAAAGAGACGUCCUUAUGGAGUUAUUACUGGCCUUGCAGCUAGGAAAGCAACUGGAAUUCGAAAAGGAAUUAGUCCUAUGAAUCGACCACCUCUGAGUGACAAGAAUAUAGAACGGUAUUUUCCAGCAUUAAAAAGGAAGGCCAACCUUCUGAGACAAAAUGAAGUACAGAGAAAAGCAGUUGCAGUUCUUAAGAGACCUAACCAGCUAAAUAGAAAAAAUAACAUUCCAGCCAAUUUUAGCAGGAGUGGAAAUAAAUUAAGUCAUCAGAAAGAUACUCGUCAGGCAACUUUUCUUUUCAGAAGAGGCCUAAAGGUUCAGGCCCAGUUGAACACAGAACAACUGCUAGACGAUGUAGUAGCAAAGAGAACUCGUCAAUGGCGGACUUCCACCACAAAUGGAGGAAUUUUGACUGUCUCCAUUGACAAUCCUGGAGCAGUGCAAUGCCCAGUAACUCAGAAACCACUAUUAACUCGUACUGCUGUACCCUCAUUCUUAAAACGGGAGCAAUCUGAUGUAAAGAAAGUUCCUAAAGGUGUCCCUCUACAAUUUGACAUAAAUAGUGUUGGAAAACAGACAGGGAUGACUUUGAAUGAGCGAUUUGGGAUCCUGAAGGAACAAAGAGCCACCCUCUCAUUCAACAAAGGAGGAAGCCGCUUUGUAACCGUGGGAUAGAUCCCAUGUCAAAGGGACUUUUGAGUGAUGACUCUGUUUUAAAAGUUGAAUUGCUUGAUGAGUUCAUCACAGAAAUUCAAGAAACUUUAUUUCAAAAUAUUCACAAAGCUAAAUAACUCUUAUUUUUAUUUUUGAGGUUUUUUUUUUUUUUAAACAUGUAUAAAUAAUACCCUGAAAGAAUAACAGGGAAUAAUGCACCUAUCUGUUCUUAAGAUUUCAUGGUUGGCUCAGACAGAACAAUUCUCUAUUUGACGUCUUUUGUCCUUCAUGCAGCAGAAAGAAGACAGAAAGAUAGAAAUUGAUUAUUUUUAUGACAGUGGUAUUUAGGAUCUUCAUCACUUUUUUUAUUUGCCAUGUAAAUUUUGGUCUUCAGAAAUAUGAGUAGGUCCCUUGGUUGCUGUCACCUAUCCUUUAAUAGUGUUGAUGUAAUAAGUGCAGUUGACUUUUCUUCAUUAGCGAUAUUUAAAAAAAAUCAUUAGAAUUUCAGUUUUGAGUUUUAAGAUUUAUGGGAAUAUCUGGAAUUUGGUUCAUUUUUCAGAAGACCUUAGGUUAAUUCUCCAGAGUUAUAAAUCUUUAAUAUUGAACUUUUAACAAGAAAUGUGACUUUAGGCAUUAGUCUUUGUUUAAAAUGUUGAUGUUUAAAGGCUAUAAAUGUGUGUUUACAAAAUUGUCUGAUAGAACCUUGGAGAAGGUCCAAUGUAAAAACCUAACAGUUGUAUUUGGUAAAUGAAGAAAGCAGGAGAGGAAGUAGCAGGUUGAGGUGAAAAACUUAAAAACCCAGGACAUAGCUAUACUGUGUGGAUUUAGUGUAGGCUUGAAUCUAGUGUCCAUGAAGAAUUCUUCAAAUGAUAUUUAGAAAAAUUAUAAUUAUCAAAAUAGAUUGAGUCCUUUAGAUAUUUUGAUGAUAAAAUCAACAGCCAUAAAGUCCUAGACUUCUUAUUCAAAAGUUAAAUUUUAUAAGCUUUUUAAGCUUGUUAAUUUAACAGUAUAAAGCUUCAAAAUCAAAAAUAUACUUGUAUAUGUCACGAAGACAAAAUGGCAAUUGAGUUACAUUGUAACUUUAGUUUAUACCUUUCUUGUAUAAAGUUCAGGCAUUUAUAGUGAGGGUUUUUUUUUUCCCUCCCACACUCUGGAGGAGUGGGAGGAAUUAAUCUGUUGUGCCAAGCUAGUGCUGAAAGUUUUCAGAUGAUUGUAUACUAUAAGUUACAGUAUAAUGCCAAAAUGCAGCAAAAUAUUCCAGCUACAAGUUCAAUCAUUCUGAAGUUUAACCUUUUGGUUUGCUAUAAUGUUGAAACCUCUAAGUAGGUGUUAGUUUCCCUAGAGUGUAUUGGUGUUAAUUUUCCCUGUAAAACAAAACAAAACAUUAAGUUAUCACUCUUGCCUGCCUUGUAUUGUAUAUUAGACUUCAUUGUUUUCUCAUGCAUCUUGGGUUAUUUGGUUUAUGCUAGCCACAGAAAAGUAUCAGCAGUUUCAUGCUUAUACCAAAGAAUUAAAUCUGAUCCUUAAUAUCUGGUAUUUUGCCAGUAAGUCUACUGAUAAGGGAUUAUUGGAAGCCAGUCACACAAUUUGAAAAUAAGCUCUAGUCUCCUUAGGCCAAGGACUCAUUGCAAAACAUUUUUGCAAGUACAAAUGCUUAGAUUUCAUCCAUGAAUCUUACAUUUUAUUUUAGACUGGUUUAGAAUAACUGGUAGCUUAUUUUAAAGCAAAGGAAAAAUAACUGAGCACAAAUUUGCUGUCUUUAGAACAGUUUGUGAAAAUAUGGUAUAAAGAAGUUUUCAUUUUUUUUAUUUUAAAUAUUGUAUGGAGCUAUUAUGCCAUUUUUCUUGAAAACCUUAAAAAUUGCCCCAAAUAUUGAUGUUAAUUGCAUCAAACAACAAAAUGUCUUUGGUAUAUUAAACUUUUGCUCUUCAUGCAUCUCUAAUUUCAUUUUCUUUUUAAAUACAAAAUUUUACCUUUGUUACAACUAAAUUAAAAUUCUUGAGUGCUAACAUGUGUAUAAACAAAAGAAUAUGCUUUGUCAGAGGAAAAUUCCCUUUCUUGGAAUAUGGUUGUAGUCAUCCUUUUUCAGUUCUUAAAUUUUUAAAAAACAGGAUACAACUUAAAAUUUCCUUUGCAUCAAGGUGUAUGCAAAACAUUGAUGCAGUGCAUCACAAAAUGAGAGUUUGUAUUUAAUGAGGAGGUGCUUUACAUUGUACUUUUUGGUGUUUUUUGGAAAAGUUACAAAUUUAGAUCUAUUCUGAAGCUGUUCAUUUUUAACAAAUAAAAUGUUACAGGUCUCACAUUUA